GUUCUGCUCGUUUCUCCGUUUCCAUCCUUCCGCGGUCCAACCACAGCAACUCCUCCUUCCUUGCUGUAGCUGUAACUGCUGGGCCGUUUCAAUUCAACUUCAACCACCCCGCGUCACUCGUCGCCACCACCAUCUUGGCAUCUUCCCAUUCCCCUCGACCUGCGCACUGCACGCCUAGCUGCUGCUGCUGCUGCUGCUUCUUUAUAAGCCGGCCACCGUCUCACUUGGAUGCAUGCUCGUCUCCCUCUCCCGGCCGCUCCCGAUCAGUCUCUUGCAAUCCAAGGUUCAGAGCUAGCUCUCCAGCCGUCCAGGUCCAGCGCAGCGCAGCCAUGGUUCUUCAUCGAGCCGCAUUAUUCCUUCUGGCACUCGUCGCCGCCGCUGCUUCCACUUGGCCGUCGUCGUCUGAGGCGGCGGGCACCUGGACGUGGACGACGACGAGCGCGCCCGUCGCAUCGUGCUCCGGCGCGGGGACCUUCGCGGCGGACAGCGCGUUCGCGAGCAACCUCCGCCGGCUGCUGUCCCUCCUCGAGGCCAAGGCCCCCGCCGCCGGCGGGUUCGACAUCGCCACGGUCGGCAGCGGCGGCGCCGGCCAGCGCGUCGUGCAUGGCCUCGCGCUGUGCCGCGGCGACGUGGCGCGCGCGGCGUGCGCGGCGUGCAUCCGGUCCGCGGCGCGGACGCACGCGCCGCGCCUGUGCGCGCGCAAGACGGACGCCGUCGUCUGGCUCGACGCCUGCACGCUCCGCUACUCCGCGGGGCCCGACGAUGACCCAUUCUUCGGCGAGGUCGACUGGGACCACCGCGCCUUCUUGCCCGACGCCGUCGCGUUGCGGACACCCACUGCAGCAAGGUCGGCCGAGCUCGACCGCGACGUCGCCGGCCUGCUCAAGCGGCUCACCAGGACGGCGUACCUCUCGCCGCUGCUGUUCGCCGCUGGGGAGGACGCCUCUGCUGCUGGUGCUGGCCAGGGCGGCGGCGGCGGCCAGCAGCAGAGGCUGCGCGCCAUGGCGCAGUGCACCAAGGACCUCUCCGGCGGGGACUGCAAGGCGUGCCUGGACGCCGCCAUUGCGCAGCUGAUGGCUAGGGGGUGCGCGCCGGAGGGCGGCAGGGUGCUGGGCGGAAGCUGCAGCCUCAGAUACGAGCUGUCUCCAUUCUUUGACUCCUAAUAAGAUAAUAAUUAAUAACUGCUCCUCCAUAGGUUUUGUUUGCACCUGUAAUCUGUAAAUUUUUAACUUAAUUGUGCACAGUCGAGAUUCCAAGGGAAUCAAAUCAAAUUACAACAAAAACGUUAUUUCCA